CACGGAAACUCCAGUCUCAACCGCGGCUGUUGAUCACCUCCCAGCCUUAGCUACACACGCACCAACGAUAGAAGUACCGGCUCCAAUUGCAGCCCCUACGGUGACGGUUAACCUCAUCACGGAAACACCAGUGGCAACUCCAGCGCCCACCGUAGCAACACCCGAACCAACUGUCACAACACCCAAGCCAACGAUGCACGUUCGAGAACUUACUCCAUCCCCAACGAUGACUUCGUCUGGGGCAACAAUGGCGACCACUGAAAGACCAACUACAUCUGCCAUACCACCCGAACCGGCGACGUCCUCUACUGUGCCAACGGUUUUGCCACCUUCUCCACCGACCGCCGCGCCCACAACAACACUAAGCCUGGUACCGCCGACGAUUUCAUCUGCCGCUGAUUUUGUUGCCUUGAUGGAGUCGAUGGACACGGACGAGAACGGCUAUGUCGACUUGGGAGAGGUCGUGGAGUACUACCGAGUGGAGAAAGAGACCAAGAUUGCCCAAAUCCGGCAGGCAGCGGACGAAGCCGUUGCCGCCGUCGACACGACAUAUGCUCGCGUCUUCGAGUGCGUCACACAAGGCUAUAAUGCGGUGGUCAAGUCGUCCCAAAUCACGUCGGCAGCCGAGCUCGAGCGCGUCCUGCAGUGGGCGAACGCAGAGUGCACGAUUGACACCGACGUUUACACACGCCAAGACGUUGUGCAAAUCGUCUUUAACAUCACGCGGUCCCAGCAGUACCUCUCGUGCACCGAAGCCAUGCUGGACAAGUUCCCUGCUGGCUACAAGUUUUCGAAGAAAGACGUGGACAGCAUUGCGGCGGCCGUCCAAGCGACGUGCUUUGCCACGACGACCGAGCCGACCCCGGCUCCAACGCGACCAUCUCCGACAACGACGGAGAUCCUGACGUAUGCCAAGGCGGUGCUGGAGGUGCUCCAGAACGAAACAGAGCCCGUAUCGCCUGGCCAGCUGCACGCUUUCGUGAAGGCGCACGCUGGCGUGAUGCAGAUGAAGAUUACCAAAGUCUGGUACAACUCGGAUCGCGACCGGCAGCUCGCGUUGGAGUUUGUCACGAAAUUUUACACCCGCGUCGAGAAAUGCCUGGACGCCGCCGUGGUUGUGUUUGGCGAGAAUGGAACGAUUCCCGUCGCGACGCUGCCGUCGGUGUACGUGUGGGCGAACGGAAUAUGCGUCAGCGAUUCGAGUCAGGACUUUAUUGCGGCCGAUCUCAACAAGAACAACGUUGUGGACGAGUUCGAGAUCGACCAAGUGGUUGCCACGGCUCGCAACCACCAGCUCGGUCAGCUCCAGAACAAGUCGUACGCCACGUCGAGAGCGUUCCUGCAAGCGUUCUUUUCCAUCCGAGAAACGUACGACCGGACGUUGGAGUGCGCGCACGAUGGCGUUACGCAGAUUGGGAAUGCGGUCGACCGCACGCUGACCCGGGAAGAAUUUUACGGCUACGAAGCGUGGAUGGCCCGGCAUUGCUCGAACGUCGCCCCAGACAUCUCGUUGCAUGGAGUUCCGAACGACGUCCCGAUGAACUUGACCGAAGCGCAUGUUGCCAUGGGCCAACUCCAGGCCAAAGACCUCGAGGUCGCGCUUCAGGCCGGCACUGGUGCACUCCACACGCAGUACAUUCAAGACCACUACGGGCUCCUUCGGACGUGUUUUGACGCAUCCUUUGAUCCGACGGGGCGCACGCCUUACAGCACGAUCUUGAAUCGCACGCGGCUCUGCCUCGAAAACGCCGUGCCGUCCACGAUGCCGAUUCAAGUGAUCUUGUCGCGAGCGGACUUUCACGCGUUGCUGGAGAAGCUGUUUGAGCCAGAGCUUACUCAACUCGACAUCGAAAUUGCAAAACAAGAGGCUAUCGUGGAGACCCUUCGCGCCAAGAAAGCUGCUCUCGAGGCCUGCAUCCGUCGAGCGGUUGAUGUCGUUGCGACUGCGUCGCCUGCGCUCCGACAUGCAGAUCUAGAAAAGGCCGAAAGCUACACCAACGAAUGCGUCACCGCGACUCCGCCGCAGUAGGCAUCGUCGCCACACUCGUGUUUCGUAGUUGUUUGUGAUGGACUAUGCAUUGUACGUUU